AUGUACUCUGCUCUAGGGUAUGCCGUCAUCCUCGCCAUCCUUGCUGUCUUGUUAGUUCGGCGCCAGUUCCCAGGCCUGCGGGCACCAAAUCUGCCCCCUGGGCCUCCAUGCCUUCCUAUUAUUGGAAACCUUCACCAGAUACCCCAAACCGGGGCUCAUUUCAAGUUCACAGAAUGGGCUGCGAUUUAUGGUUCGAUAUUCUCGCUCAAGAUGGGACCACAAACUGCUAUAGUCCUCAACUCUCCGUAUAUGAUCAAGCAACUCAUUGACAAACAGUCAGCCGUGUACAGCAACCGACCCAGGUCAUACAUUGCAGACAGUCUAGUCUUCCACAACGAUCAUCUGAUGUUUCUGAAUCCCGACACUAGAUGGCGACGAGGACGACGCCUCUACCAUAAAUUCUUCAACGAAACGCUCUGCGAAAGCAGCCAUCAUCACCUUCAAAACGCCGAGGCAGCACAGCUCCUCAGGGAUAUCUGUCAGAGUCCAGACAAUUUCAUGAACCAUAUCAAACGGUUUACGAACAGCAUCAUAAUGAGUCUGGUCACUGGUAUCAGAACGCCAACUGCAUCGGCAACUCACAUGAAGAGCCUCUAUGCCGUGCUGGACGGUAUAUCUGAAAUAUUCGAGAUGGGAGCAACUCCGCCAGUCGACAUCUUCCCUUUUCUGAAGUGGAUACCUGAGAAGGUCUUCAAUAACUGGAAGUCUCGCUCUGCCGCUCUUGCUCAGACCAUGGACUCCGUAUACGGCCCUCUGGUUGACCGAGUCCUAUCACGCCGGGAGAAAGCAGGGUCACUAAACAAGGGAAGCUACCUGGAUAUGAUCUUUGACCAGCAGGAUACGCUGCAAUUAACUCGUCAUGAAAUUGACCUUAUGCUCGGAAAUCUGCUAGAGGGCGGGUCUGAUACGACGGCUAUAACUACGAUAGCAUUUAUUCAAGCUAUGGCCCUAUAUCCAGAGGUGCAAAGAGAGGCACAUGCAGUUAUUGACUCAGUCAUUGACCACAAGAGAACUCCGACGUGGGAGGACUUUUCCAGCCUUCCUUAUGUUGUCAUGGUUGUUAAGGAGACAAUGCGCUGGCGGCCUGUGAUGCCAACCGCCUUUCCACACGCAACAAGCAAAGUGAGCACCAUCGAUGGAAUGACCAUCCCCGCAAGAUCAGCCGUUAUCAUGAACGUCUGGAACCUUCACAACGACAGCGCCUACCAUGACAACCCCACCCAUUUCAACCCCCAUCGAUACAAAGAUUGCACAGAUCUUGCGGCCGUAUAUGCAUCCUCCCCUGACUACCAAAACCGCGACCAUUAUGGCUACGGCUCUGGGCGUCGUAUCUGCCCUGGCAUCCACUUGGCUGAACGUGGUCUUUUCGUGGCAUUUGCAAAGCUGCUAUGGGCAUUUCAUAUUACGCCCAAAGUAGAUAAUACGGGAAGCACUGUGCCGAUUAAUUGUGAUCCCAUCACUGGGUAUACCGAUGGGUUUCUGCGGUGUGCUAGGCCUUUUGCAGUUGAUAUCAAGCCUCGUUCGGAAGAGAGACAAAGAACUAUCCUGGCGGAGUUUGAGCGCGCGGAGCAGGAGGUGUUUAGCAAAUAUGAUAUUUAA